AUGAACUCUUCAAAGAUAUCCCAGGUAAAGGUAGUCACGAUAAACUCUUUCAAGUUUUCCCAGGUACCACCACCACCUAAUAUAUCUGCCAUCAAAGCCAGAAGAGGAAGAGGCCAUGAUAUCUCCACAGACAAGGAAGCCCAUGAUGAACCACAGUCUUCAGCAAGCUGUUGCACAUCUAUCACAUUAGAGAACUCGGUGAUAAAGGGGUACCAUGUGUACAAGAUAAAACCCACAAUAACUGACCCUGUGACAAAGCUUGUUGUAGAUAGGGAAUAUACUUACAUCAAAGAUAAAGAUGCAUGCCUUGUGUGGAUUCCUGGACAUUCUGAGUUUGAUAUCACUUUACAUGACAUGGUAACCGAUGAUAAAAGACAGCUUAAGUUGUCAGAUAUAGCUGUCCUUCCAAUUGGCCAUGUACCACGCAUUCUUUGUUUUUACAAUGUACUUAAUUCGGGUGGACACGUGUGUGCCAUCAUGACUGGUGAACCGACGCCCAGUUUCCCACCGUGGCCUGCUCCAUCUGAGAGUGGUGGUGGCGUUGUUAUUCCAUGUAAAUAUGUACUUACAGCAGAAGAUGAAGUGAACACUAUACAAAUGUUAAGAGAAACACUCAAAAAGAUGCCCGAAGGUUAUGUGAUGAAAAUAGUUGUUAAUUGA